AGCUUUACGAACCAAACUUCAUUUGAGCAGCACACAAAUAUCAUAUAGGCUGUCCGUGUUAAGCACACAAAAAAUAAAAAAAUCAUAAACUAGAAACGAAAAACGCGUAAAAGCGUAGCAAAAAAAGGAAAAGCUUAUACAAAACAGACAGGAAAGUAAAUCGUACACGCUAGUCAAGUACAACAUGGUUUAUACCGGCUACGAGACUUACGGGCCCGCUCAGAACGCGCUGAUGGUCUAUGGAGGGGCCGAUGUUGCCGAGGAGCACGGCAUGGAGCUGCAGCCUUCGUUUAAUCGCGUCAUGCGUUUAAUUGAUUACGAGUUGUGUUUCAAGCAUCCCUUGGAGCAUAACUGGACUCUGUGGCAUUGGGAGAACGAUCGCACCAAGUGCUGGACCGAUAUGUUGAGCGAUGUGACCAGCUUCAAUACGGUCGAAGACUUCUUUAGCGUCUACUACUUUAUAAAGCCACCAUCUGACUUGAAGAUAUUCAAUGAUUAUAUGGUCUUCAAGGAGGGCAUACGUCCCAUGUGGGAGGAUGAGGCUAAUAAGGAGGGUGGACGUUGGAUAAUGAUUUUAGAUAAGGCUUCCAAAAGUUUCAUCGACAAAAUGUGGCAUGAUUUGCUUUUGUGCAUGAUUGGCGAGUGCUUUGAUUACUCGGAGCAGAUUUGCGGUGUGGUCAUCAAUGUGCGCAACAAAGCCAAUAAGAUAUCCCUUUGGACCAAGGAUUCGCGCAAUCAGCAGGCUGUGCUUGCCAUUGGCCAUAAGAUGAAGGAGCUGCUCCAACUGGGCGAUAUGAAAAUCCAGUACCAGGUACACAAGGAUGCCAUGGUCCAGCAUGGCCCGAAUGUGAAUGCCAUAUAUGUUAUUUAAAGUGUGUGUGGUCGGACGGACCAUAACAUAUACCGAUCAUAGAUCGGAUUUACAGAGAUUAGGUUAGGUUUGCUCUACGGCGUUCGUAAAUGCUUAGUUCUUCGUUUUAUAAAUGUCUAGAAAUUAGCAUAUACGAUCGUUAGUACUUAUAUAUAUUUAUAAUGCAUAAUUAUGUAUUGUUUUAUGACUCUUGCUGUGAGCUAACUUACACACAUCUAUCUAGAACACAUGCACACUACAUGUACAACACAUAUGUAAAGCACCUACCUAAUAUGUAAUAUGAAUAA